CACAGACAAUCCCUUUCCGGUUGUGUAAAACAACAGCGAAACACGACGUAAACAAACCGGGACGUCGCGUCGUGGCGGCUUGUUUUGUUGGCAGUUGUUCACGGGAGUGGUGGGCGGAGGGAUGCACCGUUAGCACGGAUUGGCUCGGUUCGGUUCAGGUGGCGGAGUAACCGUCGGCGUUACCAUGGUGAAGUGUGUCGUCUCCGGGUGUCAGAGCCGCGUGACCUCCGUCAACCGCGGGAUCUCCAACCGGACACAGAAACGGUUCUUCUCCUUCCCGGGAGACACAGCGAGGGUCAAGGUGUGGCUGGCGGCUCUGAGGGAGACGGACAAGCAGGACUCGACCGAGCAGCACUGGAUCUGCGAGGACCACUUCCUGCCGGAGGACAUCUCGUCCGCCGGCAUCAACAGCGACGCCAUCCCCAUCAUGCCCCCCUGCCUGGACGGGCCCAUGGGCCUGAUCAGCCCCUGGGGGCCCCAGUCGUCGGAGGACGAGGAGGAGGAUCGGUGGGCCCCCGGCGGCGGCUAUGACGACGCCGAUGAUGAUGAUGAUGAUGAUGACUGUGAUGAAGGUGGAGUUGCUGCUCCUGUUAUAGCGGAGCCUCCACUGCAGUGGCAACCGGAGACGCUUCGACCUUCGGUUUCACCUCCUGAGUGUCAGAAUCCAGCCGACAAGCCGACCUCAGGAGCAGCUACAGCCGGCGUAAAUGUUUUUGAGAAGAAGAUCCAAAGCAAGAGGAUUGAUGUGUCGCUGUGGAUGCUUACGCAGCGUUUCCUGGAGCUGCUGCUGGCGUCUCCGGACGGCUCCGUGGACCUCCGGCACGUCACCGCCGUGCUGCAGACCCGCCGGCGCCGAGUCUAUGACAUCACCAACGUGCUGGAGGGAAUCAGCCUCAUCAAGAAGAAGUCUGCCAACAAGUUCAAGUGGAUAGGCAGCUGUCAGAUCUCCAGCUUCCUGAAGAUCCACCAGCAGAAGUUCCAGCGAGAGCUGGACAACCUGAAGCUGGUGGAGGACACGCUGGACACGCUCAUCAAGAGCUGCGCCCAGCAGCUCUUCGACAUGACCGACGACGAGCAAAACGCCGAGGCGGCCUACGUGACCUACGAGGACGUCGGCCGCCUCGCCGCCUUCCGGGAGCAGACGGUGCUCGUGGUCAAAGCGCCGGAGGAAACCAAGCUGGAGGUUCCUCCGCCCAAAGAGGAUAACAUCCAGGUCCACCUGAAGGGGGGGCGGGGUCCCAUCACCGUUCUGACCUGUGACAUCGACACGUCUUCGGCAGAGAGCCGCUGCUUCUUAACGCUGGAGGAGAGCCGCAUCAAGACAGCGCCGCUGCUCCCAGCGUCCGGCAGUCCGCUAAGCGCAGUGCACAGCGCAUAGCCACCAGACGGCCACCAGGAGGCGCCGGCUGUCCACCGAGGCUGAAUAAACCCACAGGAGCCUAAAGGCAUCGUCUCCGGGCACCAGGAGGAGUUCUGGACCCGAACCGAGCUCCCAUGUGGUGCAAUGUUCAGCUGAGAACAUCGGAUCAACGAGGAUAUUCAACAUUUAAUUUGCACCGCUGUUUUCGUUUUACUGAACCGGAGAAGUUCAGAAGAGAAUCAACGAAGACGAGGAGGAAGACUUUGGGGGCGUUUUGGUAGUUUUAUUUUUGUAUGAGAGGAGAGAAUGACCUCAUGUGUGCCUCUGUAUGUUUUAUAUCUUUCUUUGCUGUACAAUAUUUGACUUUGUUUCUUUCUAAAGGAGAAAAUACCUGAAAGAUGCUGUAAUCAUUAAAUAAAAUGCAACUUGUGAGAAACUGUGAA